AGAUGAUGUGUCAGCCUGAGUCAGAUGGCCGUGGCGCAGGUGCUCAACUGUUCCAGGUCUUUGCAGACGACUCCAUUGCGCGCUCAAACCUCGCGCUAAUUCAGAACAUACUUGGCGCGAGAUUGGGCAGAACCCCGGAACCAGCAAACGUCAGAAGUGCAGCUCGCUUCGUUUCUGAUGCUGCGUUGCAGGCAGAACAAGCUUGUCUGAUGCCGCACGCCUUGCACGAGGUCGCGGUCUUCGGGCUUUCGCCGAUGGUUACUGCUGAGCUCUGCAAUCCAACAAGCUUUCCCCGUGGCGUGAAUGUGUCGGGCAUGAUGCAACGCUAUGGCGCCACAAAGGCCCCGAUUCAGCCAAGCGGAGCGGCUGCGGUGAUUUUGGCAAACCGAACGACUGAGUCAGCUGCCUUGGCCUGCAACCAGGCCCAGGAUCAAAGCUUGGCCCGUGGCGUGAAUGUGUCGGGCAUGAUGCAAUGUCGCCGCAGCACAGUGCCCUUUCAGCUUGUCAAGCUUACGGGCCCGCCGCUUCCACCAAGGGGAGCGGCUGAGGUGAUUGUGUGCACUUUGUUUGCUUUUGAAAACCCACCGUCUGAGCCGGCUACCUUUUGCAAGUUUCAGACGUCUCAGCAGCAAGUUUUGGGCUCCGCGUCUUCUUUGUUUGCUGCGCGUUGCGCCAGUGAACUCGGCAUUUCUGCGUUGCUUGAGUGUACUCUAUGCCUUGCAUUGUUUGCUGGUCCCGCAGUCCCUUGGAACAAUCCAAGUUUGGCCCGCGGCGUAAAUGUGCCGGGCAUGAUGCAACGUCACCGCAACAAAGUGCCCUCAAUUCAGCUUGUGAAGCUUUUGGGCCUGCUGCUUCCACCGUCGCCUGUUUUUGAAAAACAAGCGUCUGCGCCCUCUGCCUUUGCAUGCGAGUUUCAAUCAUCUCAGGCUCGUGUUUUUGGCUCGUGGUCCUCGUCGUUGUUCGCUGCGCGUUGCACCAGUGAACUCUGCAUGUCGACAUUGGUUGAGUCUUUGUGUGUGCCGUGGCCCUCUGCGCCUGCAGCCAGUUGGAGCAAGCCAAGUUUGGCCCGUGGCGUGAAUGUGCCGGGCAUGAUGCAACGUUACCGCAGCAUAGUGCCCUCAAUUCAGCUUGAUAAGCUGGUAUGCUCCCUUCUUUCACCAGUGAUUCCAUGCACGUCGCCUGUUCUUGAAAACCGAACGUCUGAGUCCGCUACCAUUCGCAAGUCUCGGACGUCCCAGAAGCAGGUCUUGGGCUCCGCCUUCUCGUUUUUUGCUGCGCGUUGCGCCAGUGAACUCUGCAUGUCUCCAUUGCUUGUGUUUGCUUUGUGCUUUGCGUUGCCGGCUUUCCCUGGAGUCCCUUGGCACAAUCCAAGUUUCGCCCGUGGCGUGAAUGUGCCCUUCAUGAUGCAACGCCGCAACAAAGUGCCCUCAAGUCAGCUUGUGAAGUUUACGGGCCCGCUUCUUCCACCGAAGAGAGCGGCUGCCCUGAUUUUGAGGACUUCGCCUGUUCUUGAAAACCAGGCGUCUGCGUCCUCUGCCUUUGCAUGCGAGUCUCGAACAUCUCAGGCUCGUGUUUUCGGCAUCAGGGCGUCGCCGUUUGCUGCGCGUUGCGCCAGUGAGCUCGGCAUUUCUGCGUUGCUUGAUUGUACUCUGUGCUUCGCAAAGUCUGCUGCAGUCCCUUGGAGCAAUCCAAUUUUGGCCUGCAUCGUGAAUGUGUCGGGCAUGAUGCAACGUUGCCGCAGCAUAGUGCCCUCAAUUCAGCUUGAGAACCUGGUAGGCCCGCUGCUUCCACUCAGGAAAGCCGCUGCGGUGAUUUUGUGGACGUCGCCUGGUUUGAAAACAGAGCUUUUAAGUCCGCCAAGUCUCAGACGUGUGCGUUGCGCCAGUGAGCUCGGCAUUUCUGCGUUGCUUGAUUGUACUCUGUGCUUCGCACUGUCUGCUGGCCCUGCAGCCCCGUGGAGCAAUCCAAGAUUGGCCUGCGGCGUGAAUGUGUCGGGCAUGCUGCAAUGUCGCCGCAGCACAGUGCCCUCAAUUCAGCUUGAGAACCUGGUAGGCCCACUGCUUCCACUCAGGAGAGCCGUUGCUGUGAUUUUGCGGAUGUCGCCUGCUCUUGAAAACCGAGCUUUUGAGUCCGCCAAGUCUCAGACGUCUCAGCCACAGAUUUUGGGCUCCGACUCCUCUUCGUUCUUUGCGGCGCGUUGCGCCAGUGAGCUCGGCAUUUCUGCGUUGCUUGAUUGUACUCUGUGCUUCGCACUGUCUGCUGCAGUCCCUUGGAGCAAUCCAAAUUUGGCCUGCGGCGUGAAUGUGUCGGGCAUGAUGCAACGUUGCCGCAGCAUAGUGCCCUCAAUUCAGCUUGAGAACCUGGUAGGCCCGCUGCUUCCACUCAGGAAAGCCGCUGCGGUGAUUUUGUGGACGUCGCCUGGUUUGAAAACAGAGCUUUUAAGUCCGCCAAGUCUCAGACGUGCGCGUUGCGCCAGUGAACUUGGCAUUUCUGGUUUGCUUGAUUGUACUCUGUGCUUCGCACUGUCUGCUGGCCCUGCAGUCCCUUGGAGCAAUCCAAGAUUGGCCUGCGGCGUGAAUGUGUCGGGCAUGAUGCAAUGUCGCCGCAGCACAGUGCCCUCAAUUCAGCUUGAGAACCUGGUGGGCCCGCCGCUUCCACCAAGGGGAGCGGCUGAGGUGAUUGUGUGCACUUUGUUUGCUUUUGAAAACCCACCGUCUGAGCCGGCUACCUUUUGCAAGUUUCAGACGUCUCAGCAGCAAGUUUUGGGCUCCGCGUCUUCUUUGUUUGCUGCGCGUUGCGCCAGUGAACUCGGCAUUUCUGCGUUGCUUGAGUGUACUCUAUGCCUUGCAUUGUUUGCUGGUCCUGCAGUCCCUUGGAACAAUCCAAGUUUGGCCCGCGGCGUAAAUGUGCCGGGCAUGAUGCAACGUCACCGCCACAAAGUGCCCUCAAUUCAGCUUGUGAAGCUUUUGGGCCUGCUGCUUCCAGCGUCGCAUGUUUUUGAAGAACAAGCGUCUGCGCCCUCUGCCUUUGCAUGCGAGUUUCAAACAUCUCAGGCUCGUGUUUUUGGCUCGUGGUCCUCGUCGUUGUUCGCUGCGCGUUGCACCAGUGAACUCUGCAUGUCGACAUUGGUUGAGUCUUUGUGCGUGCCGUGGCCGUCUGCGCCUGCAGCCAGUUGGAGCAAGCCAAGUUUGGCCCGUGGCGUGAAUGUGCCGGGCAUGAUGCAACAUUACCGCAACAUAGUGCCUUCGAUUCAGCUUGAUAAGCUGGUAUGCUCCCUUCUUUCACCAGUGAUUCCAUGCACGUCGCCUGUUCUUGAAAACCGAACGUCUGAGUCCGCUACCAUUCGCAAGUCUCGGACGUCCCAGAAGCAGGUCUUGGGCUCCGCCUUCUCGUUUUUUGCUGCGCGUUGCGCCAGUGAACUCUGCAUGUCUGCGUUGCUUGACUAUUUGUGCUUCGCGUUGUCUGCUGGCUCUGCUGUCCCCUGCAGCACGGUGCCCUCAAUUCAGCCUGUGUCACCGACAACAGCGACUGCGGUGAUUUUGCGGACUUCGCCUGUUCUUGAAAAGCGAACGUGUCAGUCAAUUGCCUUUGCUUGCAAGUCUCGGACAUCUCCAGGUGUUUUUGGCUCGGCGUCGUUGUUGUGUGCCCGUGACGCCAAGAAACUCCGCAUGUCUCCGUUGCCUGCCAGUUUGGGUAGUAGUGCUAUGGCAUUGCCUGGCGCAGCCCCAAGUGCGAGGCGGAGGCGAAGCUGAAACUUUGACCAGCUGUGAAGCGUGAGAAGCUUUGACCGAAGUCAAGCUUGCAUUCUGAGCACCUGUGCAUGUCGCCAGCGAUUGGCUUUAAAAAGGUCUAAACAGCUCCCUUGGUGGUGCUUAGCAACAAAAACAAUGAUGACAACCAGUUUUUCAGUUUCUACUCGUGACAUCAAUGACGGACUGCGCCACUAAGCUUGCUUUUGGCAGAGUCGGUUUCAAUUUCUCGGCAAUUUGGCUUCGCCUAGGCCCUGCUUGGUUUCAUAUUGAAGACCGUUGUGAAGCAGUUUUGGCCGAUCAGGCAUUGGCUUCUGCCGACAGCGGCACAUAUCUUCCAGACCACAUCAUCGACGUGGCUGAGCGCAAGAGCAGCCAGUUCAGCAUCCGCAGUCUGUCCCUUUGUCGCAGACUGCGCGAGAAAAGGCGUUG